AUGCAGGACGAACACAACAAAGAUAAAGAGAAGCGUUCGAAAUGGAAACUCUUUAGUUCCUCAAAGGACAAAGAGAAGAGAAAAAGUCAAGAUAUUCAGCCACCUCCAGCUGUAACAUCAUCAUCAUCAGCUGCUGCUGCCUCCGCAGCGGAAGCAGCCGAGACUUCGGGAGAUUCGACAUAUGGAAGCAGUGAACCGAAUCACUCACUCACCACAGAUGGCGGCGAUCUGAACAAUACGAGGAGCAAUGUCAACAGUACUGGAUUGAGCCCUGGCAAGACGCCAGACGCUACAACACCUACACCCAAUCCGAAUACCAACAACAAUUCCUAUCUCAACAACUCAGGCCCAGAUUCUUGGACUAGUCCAACCAUCAAGAGAGAGACAGUCACCAACCCGAAUACCGGGCAGACGAUCACUACCACAACUACCACGACGACGACUACCACCACUAUAACAAACUCGAAUGGAACAACUUCCACCAUCGAAGAGCCUCGUCCUGUCAUGGAAUUGCCCACGGUCGCAAACGACGAGGUCACGCCAGUUUCCCCGCAUCCACCGCCACAGCAGCAAGCACCAGUUCUUCAACCCCAAAGCGAGUCCCUGCAACCACAGUAUCAACCACCCGUUCAAGCGCCUCCUCAGGCGCCUCCUCAAGCGCCUGUUCCUGCUACUGCUCCUCCUCCCGCUCCUGUUUUUGUGUCUGUACCUCAAACAACACCAACACCUGUGGAGCCAUCGCCAAUCACCCCCACAGCCCGUCGCAAGAGUCUAGAAACACCAGGCCGACGAAUCAUUCCACCACGCGAUCCUGUUCCUUCUCAAGUUUCAGUCUCGUCUUCAAUUCCGCCUCCAGUUCCUCAAUCGGUUCCACCUUCAAUUCCACCUUCGCUGGCUCCCUCAGCUGCAGACAAUCGCAAUUCGCCAGCCAUUCCCGAGCGAAAUGCUAGACGAUCGGCCGAGUUUGUCCCCGCGCCGUUGCAGAUCGGCCAGGGCGCAUUUCCACCGCCUCCACCUCCGCAAGACAGCAGUAAACCCGUCAAUUAUUCCCGACCUGCUAGUAAAUCCACUUUUGCAAAUCUCAAGACCGCUGCAGCAGGUAUUCAUGGCGCUGGUGAAACACUCCGUGGAACGUUAAACUCGACCGUUGACAAACACUUUGGUGGUACGCCAGCUGCAAUCGAAAAGAACCAAGCCGCCAUUGAAGCAGGACGUUACGAGAUAGACAAGGGAAAAUUCUACCACCCCAAUCAAUACCGUCUGUCACGACCUCAUGAAGACAGCGGUCCUUCAAGCGAUGCGCCGCCAAUUCCUGACGCGCAGUAUGACGACCCACCGUUCAACAUGGGUAACACUACCGGAAGCCCCGCUGUAAUAGAUAACGACAGAGAGCGUCGUCGUAGCAGGUUGGGCAGUUUCUUCGGUAAGAGUACCGGGAGAGCUUCUUCUCAGCCUGGCGCGGAUCCCAUGACACCGAGGGCUGAGAGGCAGAAGUUGAAGAAGAGGAGCAGCUCAGGACCAGGUACACCGAAGUUGAGUGUUGUCGGGGAGCGUGUGAGUGAAUAA